GUGACAUUGACGACUGUGUUGCUGCUCGAGGCGAGAUAAGAAUCAGCGACGAGCCCAGCUCAAGAGUACAUCAAUUUCGGGUCGUCGCCUAUUUUUCAUUUUCACUCAGUCAAAAGUUUCUGUCUGCAAAUUGAAUACGUCUCGUCUCCAAGUCGCAGUGCACAUAGCGCUUCUCAUCCCGUCUCAAGGGUUCAUCACAAUCGCACUGAUUUAGUCCAAGACCACAGCACAUAAUAAUUUGACUCAAUUAUCAGUCAGGAGUCAUGUUCGCGACACAAUUCAUACUUCUGACACUUACUUACGUGCUCCACGCUUCUGCGCAAGAAAACCUCACAGUAGCAUUCUUCCCCUCCGUCGAAGGCAGGACUUGUUCCCAAAGUCCCAUCAACGAGGCCAUAUCCUUAACCACCUACUCCAUCCCAAACGGCUACGUCUGCUUCAACCUCAGCGACAUCUUCACCCGUACCUCAGACAGCGGGUCCCAAGGCCUUUGGCGCGGUCCCACCGAUUCAGUAGACCAACUCGUCAACUACACCUUACAUAAUCGUGAGGACUACAACCCCACUACGAAUUACACGAACGUCUGGUACGAGCAAGUCAACCAAACGGGGGAGAUUAAACCUGGAGAGUCGGGAAGAUGGGUCUUCUAUACGUAUGCGUUUGAGGAUUGUGAACAAGUCGGCGGGGAUGCGUUUAUGCCUGAGAAGAAUUACCCGUGGUUUGAGACGAGCUGUCAGACGAAGGAUGGGGGACAGUGUCAGGAGUUGAAGCAGCCGGUGAAGAGUUUUGCGAUUGGGCCGUCUGCGGGGUAUGAUGCGAAUCAUGGCGGGUGUGAGGAGUGGGCUAAGAUGGGAGAUGCUUCGUCGUUGAAGGGGAGGACUUCGUUACUUGCUGUCGUUGCGAUUGCAAUGGCGAUUUUGCUUGUGUAGGGAGGAGAUGCAAAUGUUGAGAUAUACCCUUUUUCGCUAGCUCACAUAGCCAUCAACACUUCCUAAACUGCUAC